GCUGUUCCCUUCUGGAAGGGCCGUGGGGGCUCGCAACUGACGGCUUCUCCGUAUAUUUUUAGGGAAAGGGAGUUGGUUUGCAGGGAAGGAUGGAGUAGUUUUAUAGAACGGUUGGCUCCUUCCUAUAACUCUGGUGCCUAAAUUGGGUGAGACGGUGGCCAAAUAAAAUGAAGGGAGAUUAUCUCAUUUUGAGUAACUAGGAUUUCUGGAUGAGCUGAAGAUGUGUCCUGCAACUGUCGAUUUGGCAAGAGAUUUGACUCAAUCAACUACCAUUUGGUUUUCACUUCAAACACACCUCCCUUAGUCUGGUGUUCAGACCUACUCCCCAGACUCGAGGUAGGGAGUGAGCUGAAGGAGAAGAGUGAAUCAAAAGUCAGCCUUCUUUUGGUCUCUGCUUGUAGCAGAUGCACAGCUGGUUGGUUCUGAGCAGGCCCAAUGUUUGUGAAGAACAGCUGGUGACUGUGGUGGGACUGGCGCACCCCUGUGUUCGGGCCUUCACACACACCGCCAGGCUCUGGAAACAAGGCUGUACCGGCCCACCCUGGUGCAUGGGUUAUGAAAGAAGGACUCGGUACUAUACCAUCUACAGGCAGGUAUACCACAGGGAGUGGCAGACAGUCUAUAGGUGCUGCCCUGGUUGGAGCCGAUGGGAUGAUGAACCCGGCUGCCUACACCCUAUCUCUGCUAUGGGAACUCAUUUCAACAGUAGGAAAUGCUCAGAUGGUGAAGUCCAGAAUUGCCAGUGUUCACAGGGAUUUCACGGACCCCACUGUCAAUAUGAUAUAAAUGAAUGUACUAUUGACAAUGGUGGCUGUCAGGACCAGUGCUGUAAUACAAUUGGCAGUUAUUAUUGCAAAUGUCAAGCUGGCCAGCAGCUGGAAGAAGAUGGCAGAGGAUGUGAAGAUGUCGAUGAAUGUGCGGUGGUGAAUGGAGGCUGCCAGCAGCGCUGUAUUAACACUCUGGGCACCUUCCACUGUGAAUGUGAUACGGGAUACAGACUCCAUGCUGAUGCACGCACCUGCAUAAAGAUGGACCCCUGCAUAGGUGGGAAUGGAUGUGCUCACAUGUGUCAGAGUGAGAAUGGCGUGGCCAGGUGUGCCUGCCACCCAGGGUACCAGCUGUCUGAAGACAAAAAGGCCUGUGCAGAUAUAAAUGAGUGCACCGAAGGGCUUUCUCACUGUGGUCAUCGCUGUGUGAACUCAGUGGGGUCCUUCACUUGUGCCUGCGACCCUGGCUUUGAGCUGGGAGCUGAUGGACAUCAGUGUUACAGAAUUGAAUUGGAAAUUGUCAAUAGCUGUGAAAAGAACAAUGGUGGCUGUUCCCAUCACUGUGAACAUGCAAUUGGUGGGCCCCUUUGUUCCUGUAACCAUGGACACCAGCUUGAUUCGGAUGAGAAAACGUGCAUAGAUCUCGAUGAGUGUGAGAACGGAGAGGCCUGCUGUGCCCAGCUCUGCACCAACUAUUUAGGAGGCUAUGAAUGCCAUUGUCAGGAAGGCUUUCAGAUCAGUCUGGACGGUUGUGGAUGUGAUGAUGUGGAUGAGUGUCUGGAUGUCAGCAUAGUCUGUGACCAACUAUGUAUCAAUUCUGUGGGAACCUACGAUUGCACCUGUGCUGAAGGCUACAGAAUUGGAAGUGACAGGAAAACUUGCAUCUCUUUAGAUGAUGACGAGCUGGAGGGUGAAGAAGAGGAAUUAGAAAUUGUGAGGUUUCCAGGACUUCAACUCCAGAGCCCACCUCAGCUGGGUCAUUAUGUUGCUACUGCCCCGGCUGCCUCUAAUGAAGAUGAAGAAGAUGAGGGAGAAGAGGAAGAGGAUUUCCAGGAACUAACUGCUUUGCAUAAAGUUGCUUGUGCCCCAGGGACAAAUGGGAAAGAGUGUGACAGCAUCUGCAAGUGUCAGAAUGGAGGCACCUGUGAUCUUCUGACUGGAUGGUGCCGGUGCCCCCCAGGGGUUCAUGGGAAGACUUGCGAAGAUGGAUGCCCAAAAGGGUUCUUUGGGAAAAACUGCAGAAGAAAAUGUAACUGUGCCAACAACGGCCAUUGCCACAGGAUAUUUGGUUCCUGUAUGUGUGAGGCAGGGCGCUAUGGGAGAUUUUGUCAUCUGAACUGUCCCAAGGGGGCCUACGGAGCUGGCUGCUCUUUGGAAUGUCAGUGUGUGGAGGAGAACACCCUGGAAUGCAGUGCCAAAAAUGGUAGUUGCACCUGCAAAUCUGGUUACCAAGGCAACAGAUGCCAGAAAGCCUGCCCUGAUGGCCUCUGGGGACCAGAAUGCAGGUUCUCCUGUGGACCCUGUGAAAAUGGAGGUCAGUGUGACAAAGAAACUGGAAACUGUACCUGUGCUCCUGGUUACAUGGGAAAAUCCUGCACAAUGUUUUGUCCACCAGGCACAUAUGGGAAGGACUGUAACCAGGUAUGUCAGUGUUCAGCCGAGAAUGAGGAGUGUCACCCAGUCACAGGGAGAUGUACCUGUCUGCCUGGCUACCAUGGAAACCACUGUCAUCUCCGGUGCCCAAAAGGCACUUAUGGCCCGUAUUGCCAAAUGACAUGCAAGUGCUUAAAUGGCGGCAGCUGUGAUACCAUGAUUGGCACCUGUAACUGCCCUCCUGGCUUCAUUGGAGCAGACUGCAGCCAAACUUGUCCUGAAGAUCACUAUGGUCAGGAUUGUGUCCAAAGGUGUUCCUGUGGUGCAGGACAGUGUGACCCAGUGACUGGAGGGUGCCAGUGUCCCCCUGGACAAAUGGGAGUCAGGUGUCAGCAAGGAUGUCCCCAGACAAGAUAUGGCACAAAUUGUGAAUUAAACUGUAACUGUAAAAAUGGUGGACUUUGUAAUAUCGUGGAUGGAAGCUGUACCUGUGGUCUUGGGUGGACAGGAAAUUAUUGUGAAAAAGAAUGUUCUCCUGGUUAUUAUGGCCCAAACUGCCAUUUUAAUUGCACAUGUCAGAACUAUGGAAUUUGCAACAGGUUUUCUGGAAGCUGUGAAUGCCUCCAAGGUUAUUAUGGACAAAGCUGUGAGCAUGCAUGCCCACCUGGUUUUUAUGGCUUGAAUUGUGCUCACAUCUGUGACUGCAAAAAUGGAGGCAGCUGUGAUAUAAGAAGUGGACAGUGCAUUUGCCCAGCAGGUUUUCAUGGCAGCCAGUGUGAAAAAGAGUGUCUGCUGGGAAUGUUUGGAGACAACUGCCAUCAGCUUUGUGACUGUGAAGGAAAAAGUUACUGCCACCCAGUAACUGGGAAAUGCCUCUGCCCACCAGGGAGAACUGGAGCUCGAUGUGAAGCCGAAUGCAAGCCAGGCCAGUAUGGAUGGAACUGUGCUCUGGAGUGCCAAUGUGCUCAGGGAGCUACUUGCAACCCUCUCAACGGGAACUGCACUUGCCCCUCAAGGAGGAUGGGUCCAACCUGCGAGGAAAAUGGUUUGGACCAUCCUCAGUAACCAAAUACCAGCAGAUUAUUGGUUGGCUAAUAGACUUUGGUUGAAGUUCACCCACAGUUUAUCAUCUGAACUUGGCAGAGAGAUGUACUUUCUCAACCAUCUUCUUCCCAGCCUUGCUUGUUAUGAGGGGAAAACGGGACGUCUCCAGUUUAUCACUUCCACUCAUUAGUUCAAUCCCUCGCCUAACUUCCCAACUUCCCUUUGCUGAAGAACAUAACCCAAGAAUAAGAGAAUGUUUUUUCAGGAUCCGAACCAUAGUAACAUUUGGACUAAUAAAAGAACCUCUUUUUUUAUGUGCACAGGAGGUAUUUAAAUUUGGAAGGAAGUACUGCUUUUCAGUUCAGGUUGGACUGCACUGAAAUAUUCACACCUAUUCAGUGAAGACCUCAGUGGCCAUUAAGGAGCUGGAUCCUCUUUAGAAAUGUCUAGAAUUUCAUCUAUUUAUUCUGGGGAUCCUGCUUCACAGCUAACUCUGCUUCACAUUGCUAAUGUAUUGUAUUUCAAACAUGACUCUUGGUGUGGCAGACUCUUAAGAUUCUAGCCACAUAAAGAUCAGGGGAAAAGGAUGACAUACAUAUUUACAGUGAAUCAUCAAAAUGUUUAGUGCUGUUUUUCCUGUCGCUGGCCAGGAGGCAGGAAAAAAAAAGCAGAUAGAAGUGGUUAAGGCCAGUGCUUAGCCUACUCUGGGGGACAUGAAUUUCCCAUAAAUUAGGACCAGAUUGGAUUUAGACUCUUAAUCCAGAUUGGUAAUCUUGAAUCAAAUUGCUCAUCAUUUAGGAUAAUUUUACAGCCACUUGUAAGCAUAAAAUGGGCCCUGGGAAAAGCCCAAGAAAGACACAAUGAUAAAUACAAUUUUAUUUUUGCUCUCAAAUAUUUUAUAAACAUUUAGAUUUUCAGACUGCUAGCUAAUUUACAUUAACAAACAAUAACUCUCUUGAUUGGAAAUGUUACUCAGGUUACCCAUUUCCCAUGCUUUUUCAGAAAUAGAAAAUAGCAAAAGUACACGACUCGAUGUUAUUUAUACAAAUGACGAGAGAGUCUUUAAAAUCAAAACUGAUUUAGGAUAAAUUGAAGGCAGAAUGGAUGAAAAAUACUAGUUUCUAUCAAUUCAAUACAGUUGUUAAUCUUUCUUAAACUUAUCUUCCUCUAUUUCAGCCUACCUGCAUGGAAAGCUAUGCCACAAUUAAUGUCAUUAAGUGAAAUAAAGAUUCUAACGAGAGAGCAUUUCCUCAGGGAUUCUUUAUAAAUAAUUUAGCUUAGUAUUAAAAGAGAUACAAUUUACUUUUUAAUUUUUAUUCAAUAUUUGGAAUUAAAGUUUUACAUUUACAUGCAUUUUAACUAUUUAUAUAGUAAUUAGUAUUCCAAUUAUUUGUUGGAGUCAAUUAAAAAACAUGUUUUUUUCUGAACAUUUGCCCACUUUCCUUAUUCAACAUUUUUCUUUUCUCUGGAUUAUAACUAUCUAACCUACAGAGAGACUAAGCAGCAUAAAACCAACAUUCUCUCUUGGGCUAGUAUCCACCUGUGUGCUUCUUUCAUUUUUAGCAGUUAUUAAAGACAGUAACUCAAAGAGGGUAAAUAACAAGAAAUCAGAUUUCUUUUCCUUACCUGAGAAUCUCCAGUAAGAUGUAAGAGCAACUCUAGAUUUAGUAGAAAGAAAAGAAUUAUAGAUUUUUUUUGGCAAAAUUUUUCAUAUAUAUCACCUAUUUCUUUGUUAGUCAGAGGCCAAGUGUUGAGCACCAGUUCUCAGCAAGGGUUAGACAUUCCAUAUAUUAUCUUAUUUCAUAAUCUUUUCCACCCUGGACAUGCACAUACACACGUAGAGGCAAGUGGGCACACACACACACAC